AUGGCAACCAAUAACAUCGUCGUUCUGGGGGCAGGAGUCUCGGGCCUGACCACCGCAUGGCUCCUCUCCAAGGACCCUUCCAACAAAAUCACCGUCGCCGCCAAGCACAUGCCUGGCGACUACGAUAUCGAAUACUGCUCCCCUUGGGCCGGGGCCAACUACUUGCCAGUGGGCGCUGAAAAUAGCCGCGUCGGGCAGUGGGAGCGAGCAACUUGGCCUCAUCUGCGAGACAUUGCGCAGAACCACCCGGAGGCUGGCAUCCACUUUCAAGACACCGUCGUGUACAAUCGCACCAAAGACCAGGGGUCGACCACGGGGCAGUGGUUCUCCGAGCUUGUGAAGCCCAACCCAUGGUACGGGAAGGUGCUGCCAAACUUCCGUGAACUCUCCAAAGACGAACUGCCCCCCGGCAUCGACAACGCAAACCGCUUCACCUCCGUCUGCAUCAACACGGCCGUGUACCUGCCCUGGCUGGUCGGCCAAUGCCGGAAGAACGGCGUCGUCUUCAAGCGGGCCGUCUUCAAGCACGUCGCCGAGGCAGCGAAUGCGCACCAUUCGGGCCAGAAGGCCGAUCUCGUCGUCAACUGCACGGGCCUGUCGUCCCGCAAAUUGGGCGGUGUGCAGGACAACACCCUCCUGCCGGCCAGAGGGCAGAUUGUCGUCGUUCGCAACGACCCCGGAUUGAUGUGCUCCAUCUCCGGCACCGAUGAUGGAGAUGACGAGGUCACCUACAUGAUGACACGAGCGGCGGGAGGAGGCACAAUCCUAGGCGGCACCUACCAGAAACACAACUGGGACUCCCUCCCAGACCCAAACCUAGCCGUGCGGAUCAUGAAACGCUGCAUCGAGCUCUGUCCCAGCCUGGUAGCCCCAGGCCAGGGGAUCGAAGGACUGGACAUCAUCCGCCACGGAGUCGGACUGCGGCCGGUGCGCGAGGACGGGCCGCGCAUUGAAAAGGAGCUCAUCGACGGCGUCUGGGUGGUCCACAACUACGGUCAUGGCGGCUAUGGGUACCAGACGUCGUUUGGGUGCGCGACGACAGCGGUGGAAGUCGUCCGUGAGGCUUUGCAGCAGCAGAAGCAGCGGAAGGACAAGGCGAGGCUGUAA